AUGGCAGAGAGCGAUCCUCCUAUCCCGGACCUCUCGGACCACGCGGAGUCCCCCUCUCGAGUGAUUGGCAGGCGUAGAAACCGCCUCGUGAACAUCAUUAAGCAGAACGACCUCAAUCAACUCCGUCAAUUCAUCGCCUCAUACCCUCCAGAGGAUGUGAUCGCCCCUGGGACACCCUAUUUGGAGGACAUCUUAUUCCAUGCAGCCUCGUACGGCAGUCCCGAGGCUCUUGAAAUCCUCUUGGAGGUGUACGCUGCGGCCCCAGAAAUUGUAAAGGGAUUCAACCCCAAGUUCAACCUGCUGAUCGACGCAUGUGCUGCGGCAAACGUUGAUGUGGUGCGCUUUAUCCUGGACCGUCAUGGCAGUCCAGAGAAUCGGUUACCCCUCGGGACGGUGGAUUUGCAUCAGAGAGAUAACUCCGGAGAUACGCCAAUCAUCGCGGCUGCAGGGUCGCUGGAGUGUUUUGUCAGGAAUACAGAUGAAGAAGAUAAGACUGAGUGGGUUCAGAAUCGGAUUUCAAGGGGCCAUCGGUUGAUUUAUCUCCUUCUUGACUGGGGCUGUUCAGCGACAGACGUUGUUCCCCCUGUGCCAAAUGAUAUCUCUCCUGGAGGAAGUCAGGUGCGGGAUAGUGUACUUGGAGUAGCUGUGUCGAGGGCUAAUGGUCCAUUAAUUCAACGGCUCAUUGACUCUGGUGCUGAUAUCUACCUUAAGCACCAACACUUCUAUCCGUUCCAGUUGAGCCUGACAAAGGAUCACAUCAUCAACAUUAUAAAAACUAUACCAACCCUGAUCUGGCUUCCUCUUGUGACAGUGAUGGGCGACUCCCACUACAUUGGGCAGCUAACGGCCCCGGAGAUUCAAAUUGUAGACUCCUGGAUAAGCAGCUUAGAAUUACAGAGACCCUUCGACUGCUUCUUGACUAUGAUUCUACUGGGAUUAAUCUUAUUGACAACACUAGAUCCACGCCGCUGCACUAUGCUGCUAUGGCUCAUGCUAGGUGCAGCUGUAGCCAGCAUGCUGAGCUUACUAUCUGCACUUUACUCGAUCCUGGAUUUAAUCCUGUCACACGGUGCCAAUAUCAACCAUGCCGAGAACAACGGCAGAACGCCAUUGCACGUCUUUGCUCGAAAUCUUCGGCAGGUCUCGGCGGCAAAGUUCUUGAUUACACAUGGGGCGGGUUUCCGCGCUCAGGAUAGUGUCCGGGAGACGUCCUUUCACGCGGCAGCGCGGGGGUUUUUGAUUGAUCAUGUAUGCCGUAGUGGGAGAUAUGAGCAAAUGACAACUGCGAACAGGAUCAGGCUUCAGGAUGAGAUGAUGCGUGCUCUGCAGGAAGCUGCCGCGGAGGAUACUGCUAUGUUGACGAGCCAGCCAAAUGCGGAGGGUAAAACUCCGCAGGACUUGCUGGAGGAGACGAGAAAUCGGUGGUAUGGAUCGGACCAGCACAUAAACCCCGGAAGAGGCAGAGGGCAGCCAGUACAUGUAGGGGCAUAA